UCGAGUCACGUUGGGCUGCGCGGCCGCUCAGUCCCCGCGGGCGGUGGAACUCGGGGACCGCGCGCCAUGGGCUCGCGCGUUCAGGUAUUGCAACUUUUCAAGGCUUUACAUAGAACAAGGAAAGAGGUCUUCAGAGGUGAUAAUCAAGCACUAGAAGCUGCAAGACAGAAGAUUAAUUCUGAAUUCCGGAGUCACUUUACUGAAUCAUCUCCAGAGCAAAUAACCAAGUUACUUAAAUUAGGGUCAGAUGUAGAAGUUAUUCUCAGGAAGACUGUAAUCCAGGGAGUUCACACAAACCAUGAUACCAUUUGUAAUUCUUAGACCCAGAGAAGAUGUUCUUCUGGAUAACGUGCCUUUCAACGAUAAUCCUACGAAGAAAACUACUUAGUAUGAGAAAUAUCGGUGAUGGUUUGAAUGUCUUGUAUUCUUAUUGAAACUGCAUCUUGGAGUUGCUGAAAGGCUGUCCACAUUAGUUUUAAGGACUAAAUGUACUCAGGAUGUGGUUACGCAGCACCUGAUUUGUUUUUCUCUGGACAUACUAGAUUAAUUAUCUACGUAGUUGCCCCUGACAUUGCAAAAAUGCAGAACCACUGUUGGUGUACAAUAGCUGUGCACAAUAAAAAUUCUCAACAUUUGGAAGUACCACAAUGAGUAGAAUAUACAGUCAUAGAACAAUACAGCACAGAUACAGGCCCUUUGGCCCAAUGAGUUCAUGCUGACCACAUGGUCCACCUAACUAGUCCCAAUUUCCUGCGUUUGGCCCAUAUCCCUCCAGGCCCCUCCCCUCCAUGUACCUAUCCAAGUGCUGCUUAAAUGAUACUAUUGUACCUGCCUCAACCACUUCCUCUGGUAGCUCGUUCCAUAUACUCACCACCCUCUGCAUGGAAAAAGUUGUCCCUCAUGUCCCUUUUAAAUCUUUUCCCUCUCACCCCAAAUCUAUACUCUUUAGUUUUGGACACCCUACCCUGGGGAAAACAGUUACCGUCCAUCUUAUCUAUGCCUCUCAUAAUUUUAAACACUUGUCCCUCAUUCUCCUAAGUUCUGAGGAAUAAAGGCCUAGCCUGGCCAACCUCUCCCUGUAACUCGGGCCCUCUAAUCCUGGCAACAUCCUUGUAAAUCUUUUCUGCACUCUUUCCAGUUUAACCAUGUCUUUCCUGUAUCAGGAUGACCAAAACUCUACACAGUACUCCAAGUGUGGCCUCACCAGUGACUUGUACAACCACAACAUAGUGUCCCAACUCCUAUACUCAGUGCCCUGACUGAAGGCCAGUGUGCUAAAUGCCUUUUUUACCACCCUGUCUACCUGUGACGCUGCUUUCAAUGAACUAUGCACUUGUAUUCCUUGGUCCCUCUGUUCCAUUACACUCCCUAGUGCCCUACCUUUCAUAGUACAAUCCCAUGCUGGUUUGACUUUCUAAUAUGGUGUAAAAUUACAGUGUAAAGUAUUUAGGUAUCUCCUCUAUCCCUAACCAUUAAAGGAAUUAGAUUUCCUUGAUCCCAAUAGCUUGGCUGAACAGCAGUGUAGUUGCUGUUAAGAGACCAGCUGCUAACUUGUGGGAACAUUACAGAAUUGAUAACACUUAGGAAAACUGAAAUUUCUGGAUGAGAAAAAGACCAUGGUCCAUUGAGUUCACUUUCUUCUGUUCUGGUGGUUGCAUGAUGUGUCUGUUGCCUAACCAUUGCAAUUAGUUUCUAUUGGUUAUUCAACAAACAUGAUGCAAGUCAAACACCACAACUGGAAAUCUUUGGGAACUUGGUCCAAGGUUAUAAUUUCUGCAAGAAAUCAGCCUGAUUUAUAUUUGAUGGAAACAAUGCCAUGUAUUUUUACUGGAACAGAUUCCAAAGGUUGAAGAUUUGAUACUUGAAAUAAUGAUUUCACAGGCUAGUUUUGAAUUUCUUUCAAAUGCAGGAAGUAUCCUCAGAAUUUACUGUUCUGGGAAAGAUCAAAUAGCUUCUCCUGGUCUACAUUCUUUUAUAAUGCUACAAAUAGAAAUUGUAUUGACCCUCUUCAUUUUUCCAACUUGAACAUGAUCAAUUUAUUUAAUUGCUCUUCAUAAUUCAAUCCUUUGUUCCCUUUUGAUUUCCAUCUCCAUUUUUUUGAGUUCAAAUGUACAAAUUAUUUAUAGAUUGGAGGAUUACUUUAUUAUCAGCACUAUUUUGACCACUUAAAAUCAUUGUACCAUCUGAUUUUUCUUGUUUACUUUCACUGAACAUUUUUGCCACAGCUCCAAUUUAUUAUUGAUCAGGAUUGCUCCUAGCCCCAGACUACCUGCUUUGCAUGCUUUACUUUUUCUGUAAUUUUUUAAAUGUUUAAUAAUCUAAAUAUUAAAUUAACAUUUUGUUCAUUUCAUUUUCUAUUUGUGCUGCAAAUUGUGCAUUGUUCUUUUGCACACUGGUUUCCCAUCAUUUAUUGCAUCUUCUCUAGGAAGUUUGAAGUGGAUCCACGUGCAUGGUUUAGUUGCUCUAUUUGGUUAUUUCCUGAGCUGCUGUGAAUCCCAGAAGUGCUGUGAUAGGAUGUGUGAAUAAAAUUGUAUUGGUAAUCUAAGCCUUUUGUUUUUGUAGAUAAUUUAAUAAAGUUAACUAAGCUAAAUCAUCAUUGGGUCCACGUUAAUGAAUAAACUUUACAUGGCAAUACCCAAAGCAGCUGUUUUUUUUUCUUUAAAACAAUGUUUUACAACCUGAGACAAUUAGAAUUUUUCAUAUUUUGUAACUGUAUUUACAUGUUUUCAUUCAUUUUUAUACAAAUAAAAUAUUGGGAGAUA